UGUGAGCACCGCGGUGCCGGCCCUGCGCCCUGCUCCCGGUGGCUCCAGCUGAGCCCAGCGCCCAUGCGGGAGCCGGUGGAGCAGAGAGCCGGCAGCGUGUGAGCAGCAGCCCCGGCAUGGCCGGGCAGGGGCCGGACGCUGCGGCUGCAGGAGGGGACUGGCCAGACGCAGGCCCCACGGUGGGGAACGGCAGCGCGGAGCCCCCCGGCAGCCCGACCCUCCCGGAGCAGGGCUGCGCCUGGAGCCCCUGCCCCGAGGGCGGCGAGGAGCCCCUGCGGCUGCCCACCUUCUCCCCGGCAGCCCAGGCCCGCGUGGCCGUCACCUUUGCCCUCUUCGCCCUGUCCGCCGGCUGCAACCUGGCGGUGCUGCGGGCGGCGGGGGGCCGGCGGGGUGCGCGGCGCUCCCACAUCCGCCUGCUGCUGCGGCACCUGGCCGCGGCCGACCUGCUGGUGACGGUGGCGGUGAUGCCGCUGGACGCCGUCUGGAACAUCACGCUGCAGUGGCGGGCGGGCGACCUGGCCUGCCGCCUCCUCAUGUACCUCCGGCUGCUGGCCAUGUACGCCUCCGCCUUCGUCACCGUCGUCAUCAGCCUGGACCGGCAGGCGGCCAUCCUGCACCCGCUGGCCAUCGCCCGCGCGCGCAGGAGGAACCGCGCCAUGCUCCGUGCCGCCUGGCUGCUCAGCGCCGCGCUCUCCCUGCCACAGCUCUUCCUCUUCCACACCGUCACCCUCCAGCCCCCGCACAACUUCACCCAGUGCACCACGCGGGGCAGCUUCCCCCAGCGCUGGCACGAGACCCUCUACAACAUGCUCAGCUUCACCUGCCUCUUCCUGCUGCCGCUGCUCAUCAUGGUCUGCUGCUACGCUCGCAUCCUCCUGGAGAUCUCCCGGCGCAUGGGCUCUGGCCUCUGUGAGUGGGGGCUGGCAGGGGGCUGGCAGGGGGAGGUGAGCAGCAUUCCGGAGGUGAAGCCCAGGCCAGGGCUGAGCGGGGCCCUCCAGGGGCUCAGCGUGCAGGUCCCUGGCCCUGGCCAGGCGGCUGAGCCCCCCGCUCAGGGGUCCCCCUGCUGCGUUUCAGUCUCCUCCAGGGACGUGCCGUUGCGGUGCUCCGGGAACAACAUCCCGCGGGCGCGGCUGCGCAUGCUGAAGAUGAGCCUGGUCAUCGUCUCCUCCUUCAUCCUCUGCUGGACCCCCUACUACCUGCUGGGGCUGUGGUACUGGUUCUGCCCGCGGGCCAUGCAGAAGAGGGUCUCGCCGUCCCUUACCCACAUCCUCUUCAUCUUCGGCCUCUUCAACGCCUGCCUGGACCCCAUCACCUACGGGCUCUUCACCAUCCCCUUCCGGAGGGGCUGCGGCUGCCCCUGCGGGCACAGCCCUGAGCCCGAACCGCCCUCCCCGGCCACGGGCUCCUUCCGCUGCUCGGCCUCGUCCCUGCGGGCCAGGCGGGGUGCUGGGGCUGCGCGGGGGCAGCAGGUGCCCACCGGGCCGGGGCUGCCCGCUGGGGCUGGCUCCUGCCAGAGCAGCGCCCUGUGAGCCGGGGCUGGCCCGGCGCUGCGCAGGUCCCCGGGGGUUCCGGACGGGGGACCAGCGAUGGCACAACAGCGAGCACAAGUGAUGGGGGCUCUGCGGCAGUGCCCCAAAGCACCUCUGCAAGCGGUGGGGCAGAGCUGGUCCUGUGGCCGGAUGGGCAUGAGUGCCCCCGGGUCUCCUCCUCCCUCUCUGUGGCUGUUGAGCCUUGUGCUGGGGCAGGACGCCGCAAUAAAGCACCCUGUGG